CGACAAAGGAUGCAAUCAUGCAACUCUAACGUCACCCUGCUCGCGUGAUCUUCUCCUGCGUCGUACGAGGUUACCUAGGUACAUCGACAACCAUGACUCGGACACAACCACAACCGCUUGCCAGUCCUUCGGCCGCCGUCUUCUCAUCCCAGAGCGGCCGACCCGAGUCGGUGUAUCUCUCCCAUGUCCGGUCAAGACUCGUUCAAGAGCCGCUGUUGAAACCUCUGGCCGACGCCGUCUGCAGUCUUCCAGCGACAUGGCGGAGCCUGACCUCGUCCCGGCGAGGCAUUGUCGGUUUCACAGAGGCCUCGCGGCUCGUCGAGGGUUUUCGAACGUGGAUCGAGACGGGCGACUCUGAUAUCCUCGAGAGCGACGUGUCCGAGCUUGUCGACCUCCCCCUUCUUACUACCAUUCACAUCGUGCAGUACCUGGAGUAUCUGCAACGGACAGGCCUGAGACAUCCCGACUUUCUCAAGGGCGUCCGGCCUGGCGGCAUCCAAGGCUGUGGCGUAGGACUCCUUUCGGCUACUAUUGUUGCGUUUUCCACAGACGAGCAAGACGUUGUGCGUUCGGCUGCAGCUGGCGUCCGUUUGUCCCUUGGACUAGGAAUUGUUCAAAGAUUUCCGGAUGCCAACGCUCCAGUAAUCACAGAACUUCUAGCUAGCGAAUGCUCUGCCCUUUUUUCCCAGCUACACUAUCCAACUUCUGGUCUUCUCCAGUUUCCGAUCCGGUCCAACCUGACAGGAGAACCAGUAGCAACGUCGGACGGGGCCCUGACUGAGGAAAUCAUCUCGGCGGUCUUGGCCUCACGGUGCGACUGGCCACUCGUGAUGCAACGUCUAGCAUCGGAUCUUGGACGGACGGGAUCAAGGCAGCACAGCAUUGCUGUCUUCGGAUUUGGCAACCCGGUCCCAAUGGCACCUUUUCAACGCAGCGGCCUCGAUGUCCUGACGGUACACGCUGAUAUGGUCGGUGCACCUCACAUCCCCCGCACGGCCCAUGCCGCCGCCAGCACCAGCACGUUCCAAUCGUUCCCAUCACACGCCAUAGCUAUCGUGGGUGCUGCAUGUAGGCUUCCUGGGGCCAACUCCCUUGAUGAUCUCUGGAAGAUCAUAUCACAGGGACAGACACGGCUAGAAAAGCUCCGAACCGACAGAGUCCCCUUGAGGAACUCGUACAGAGCUUGGCAAGACCCCAAGUGGGUAACGGAGCGAGAAUUUUAUGGGAAUUUCAUUGACGACGUGGAGGCUUUCGACCAUGCAUUUUUCGGCAUCAGCCCUCGCGAAGCAAAGUACAUGGAUCCUCAGCAACGACUCUUGCUGGAGACGGCCUUUGAGGCUAUGGACUCAAGUGGCUAUCUUCGCUACCAUGAACGCGAGCGCGGUGACCCGGUCGGAUGUUUUCUUGGGGCCAGCUACACCGAAUAUCUCGAGAACACGAGCGCCUAUUCUCCGACGGCGUUUACAGCCACGGGUACCAUCAGGGCUUUCCUGUCCGGGAGGAUCAGUUACCACUUUGGAUGGACGGGCCCCUCUGAGGUGAUCGAUACGGCAUGCUCGGCAUCCAUUGUGGCUAUCCACCGAGCCUGCCAGGCCAUCAUCGCCGGCGAGUGUCCUAUCGCUCUUGCAGGCGGCGUCAACAUCAUCACUGGCGUGCACAACUACUUUGAUCUUGGCAAGGCCACUUUCCUAAGUAAGACUGGUCAGUGCAAGCCAUUCGAUGACUCUGGCGACGGUUACUGUCGCGCCGAUGGCGUCGGUCUCGUCGUUCUGAAACCGCUCAAGCAGGCGGUAUUAGAUGGAGACAAUAUUAUGGGCGUUAUUCCCGCGGUGGCCACAAACCAAGGCGGUAUCGGCGCCCCUGGAAUCACGGUGCCGGAUGGUAUCGCCCAGAGGGCGCUAUACAGGCGCCUCCUGGAGAAGUCGGGACUCCAGCCGGAUGAUAUCACCUAUGUCGAGGCUCACGGCACCGGGACGCAAGCGGGAGACCCAGUUGAGAUGGGCAGCAUUCGGGAAGUCUUUGGUGGUCCUAAGCGGUCUAGCACGCUCUAUAUCGGCUCCUUGAAAGCCAAUAUUGGACACUGCGAGACGGCCGCAGGGGUGGCGAGUCUGCUCAAGGUCCUUACCAUGUUUCGGAACCGGGGCAUCCCUCCACUCCAAGGCUUCAAGCGUCUCAAUCACAAGAUCCCGGCUCUGGAACCCCACAAGAUACAUAUCCCUACCGAGCUCCUUCCAUGGGAUACUGUGUCAGGGCGGCGGGUUACGUGUGUCAGCAGCUUUGGAGCGUCUGGGAGUAACUCUGCUCUCCUCUGCUCCGAGUGGUUGGAGGAGAGUGGCGCCAUCAAGCCAAACGACUCGAUGGACCAACCCAUGCAAGAGUUUCCCGUUCUGUUGAGUGCGGCUUCACCCGAGAGUCUGUACAGAUACGUCAACGGAUUGGCAGAUUAUAUUUCCAAACACGAGUCCGCUGGAACCCUGACAAUCGGCAACUUGUCGUUCACCCUAAGCCAGCGACGCAAGCACCAUCGCGUCCGUUGGUCCACCGCCACCUCGCGUCUCGCCGACCUGGUAGACAAGUUGAGGAGCUGCACUCCACAAGAUUUUGUUCAGGCUCCCAAGGCCGCCAAGAAAGUCGUCCUGGUCUUUUCCGGUCAGAGCAAGACGACGAUUGGCUUAAGUCCGUCAGCGCUUCAGGAGAACCCACGAUUCAAGCAUCACAUCCAGACCUGCAACGACAUCCUCAAACGUCUCGGAUGCCCGGACAUUGUGCCCGCGUUGAGCCAGGUUGAGCCCAUCGCUGAUCCUGCCAUUUUGCAGUGUGGCACCGUCGCCGUCCAGUAUGCCUGCGCUCAGUGUUUCCUGGAUGCGGGUCUCAAUGUGGACGCGAUCGUGGGUCACAGCUUGGGCGAACUCGCGGCGCUCGCUGUAUCCGGAGCGCUCUCGCUUGCAGAUGCUCUGAAGGUGGUGUACGCGCGUGCGGAGUUGAUCAAGGCCAAGUGGGGUUCCGAGGGCGGCACCAUGAUGGCCAUUCACGCCGACGAAGAGACAGUCCGAUCGAUCAUGGAGAUUGCCAAUUCGACUCUCGACUAUGACCACGACAAACUAGAAAUCGCGUGCCACAACAGUGCCACCAGCCAUGUUGUCGUCGGCAAGCAGACCUCGAUCGCAUUGGCUGAGAACACCAUUCAGCAGGACGCCAGGUACCGCGGUAUAAAGUACCAACGCCUCAACGUAAGCCACGGCUUUCAUUCUCGCUUCACAGAGCCUCUGCUGCAAGACCUUGUGCACGUCGGAAGCACUGUCGAGUGGAAAGAGCCCGCCAUCGCGCUGGAGACAAGCACCAAGAGCCCGGUGGCAUUCAGCAACAAGACAUCCACGAGAUCAUACAUUGCCGAUCACGCUAGGAAGCCUGUGUACUUUGUUGAUGCGGUCCGCCGCGCGGAGCAGCGGCUUGGCCCCUGCAUAUGGCUUGAAGCCGGAUGGAACACGCCCAUCGUUGCCAUGGCCAAGAGAGCCGUCGCCAACCCUGCCAUCCACGCGUUCCAUCCCGUCGUGUCCCCUGCAGCUGCGGUCGCGAAGCUCUGGCUUGAGGAUAUUCCCGUCGCCCACUGGGACUUCUUCGCACCGCAAAAGAGUGGCCUGAAACACAUCUGGCUUCCCGCGUAUAGCUUCGACCGACCCAAAUUUUGGCUCGAGUACGUCGACCGCGCGAUCGAGGAACAAAAGGCCGCGCAGUCCAUGAAGCAGGCCAACCCAGUCACGCCGAACUGCACCACGACACAGCCGCUGGUAAGCUAUAGGGGCUCCACCGGAUCGUCGCACCAAUUUUGUCUUCACACCACCACCGAAAGAUAUACGAGAAUCGUCCAGGGUCACGCCGUGCUCCAAAAACCAUUAUGUCCCGCGUCUAUGUACAUGGAGGCGGCAAUCAUGGCCAUGCAACAGCUCGGCGCCUCAGCAAAGGGCAAGACAAUCACAUUUGAGAAUGUCGUGUUCACCAAGCCGCUUGGCUGUGACGACAGCAUCGAUGUCCAACUUACACUCGACCGAGCCUCGACCCGAACGAGCGAGGACGCCUGGCACUACUCUGUGCGAUCCUCAUCUAACCCGAAAGUGGCACAUUCGGAGGGCGAUUUCAGCGUGAACACCUCAGACUCGGAGAACACCGAUCUCCAGCUCUAUGAGAUGCUCGUCGGCAACCAAAUGGCGGCUCUGCAGAACGAUCCUAAUGCAGAACGACUCAAAACAGCCACGGCCUACGCUCUCUUCUCCAGGGUCGUCGAGUACGCGGAUAUUCUUCGGGGCAUGUCCACCAUCACUCUGGGAGCAAAGCAAGCGGUGGCACAAGUGCGGGUCCCCAAGACGUCCUUUUCAGCCUCGGAGAGUACCGUGGCGGACUUCUACGACGCCAUCACAACCGACUGCUUCAUCCAAGUUCUCGGUCUGCUGAUCAACUGCAACUCUGGUUCGAGUGCAGAUGGCGAGAUCUACGUUGCGUCCAAGAUCGGCAAGAUGGUUGUGUCGCCUACCGAGUUCCAAACACCGCAGACAUGGACAGUGUAUGCCAUGUUCUCUCCCUUGGAUGCCAAGACGUCGAGCGGGGCUGUCUACGUCUUCUCCGGGGACGGCAAGCUGACGAGCUACGCCACCAAUAUCCAGUUCGUAAGGAUCCAAGCCGCGAGGCUUGAACACGCUCUCGAGUCUGCGAAUCGGAAAGUGUCCGCGUCAACACCCAUUCGGCCAGGCCUUAUCCACAACAAUGCUUCGCCGGCGGUGUCCCUGGUGAAAGACGUUGCACGUCCCCAGCACAGUACUCCCGCUACUCCCAUCCCUCCUCCCUUGGAUAAUGCGACGCCGCUUUCCUCCGCGUCUGACAACGGCGCAGACAGACCACAGGGCAACGCCGCGGCCGACCUCAAGGCGCUCAUCUCCGUCUACACAGGUGUUCCGGUUGAGGAAAUGGAGGCAAACCAGAACUUGAGCAGCAUGGGCCUGGAUUCUCUGGCGUCAAUGGAACUCGCAGACGAAAUUGAAAGCAAACUGGGGUUCAAAGUUGGGACCGACGACAUUUUGCUCGGUAGCGUCGGUUCACUCUUGAAACUAUGCUCGCUUGCCAACGCAGAACCGGUUUCCGACACUUGUUCAGAAUCGUCAGACUCAACAAGGGACUCGGCUGGUGAGAGCAAUACCCCUGGAACCACACCUGGAACCACGCCGGAAAUCGAGACCCCGGCAGAGCAAGAUCUGAAGCUGAACUCUGCACACGCCAUUGACUGCAGCGUUCCGUGGCUGAGACCGAACGGCGCUUUAAGUUCUCGAUAUAGGGGUAUUGACACCGUUGUCUACAAGGAGGUCAAUGGAGUCGAGAUCCUGGCUGAUCUAUACAUCCCAAUGGAGACGCCUCCUCAGCCGAUGCCCGUAGGUAUGGACUCUUGACACUUGAACUGAAGACAUGAAGCGUUGGCUGACAUUCUUGCUUGGCAGCGCUCAUGAUUCACGGCGGAGGCCAUCUGACACUCUCACGGAGAGCCGUCCGUCCUCACCAGACCAGAUUCCUCCUCGCCAAUGGGAUAUUCCCAGUCA